AUGCUGCUCAGAGGAUUACGAGCUUGUGCUGAACGUGCCUCGAAGCCGCGUACGACAGACUUGGAUCGAAUUUCGAAGACCACCAAGAAAUUGUUGGAAAGAAGAAGGGCCUUGAGGCUUGAUCCGAAUGUGUCGCACAUUGAGCGGUUAAUAGCAAACACUAGCUGCAGAAAAGCGUUGCAGGGGAAUCUUUCGAAAUACAGGCAGAAAAAGAUUCUGGAAGCAGCACAAAGAAGAACGAGUCUGAAGAAGUGCCGCAGGGAUCUCCGCGAAUAUAAUAUUUCGCUAGCAACCUUGCUGAGCGAAGACGGGACUCGCACGUCUUCUCGUCGUGAGAUGGAAAUCAUUACGGAGAGGUUCUACUCGAACCUUUUCCGUUCAUCAACUCCUGUGUCAAGCCCAAUCAUCCCCACUGGCGAUGCUCCACCAUGGAUUCUCCCUUCGGAAGUACGAGUCGCUAUCAAGAGCAUGAAACCUGGCACAGCCCCCGGAUCCGAUUUUAUAUCAGCAGACUUUCUUCGGGCUGGUGGCCAUCCGCUUCAUGUAAUCUUAGCAGCGCAUAUGACAUCCUACCUUCAGAAAGAAAGAAUCCAAACCAGUGGAAGACGUCACGAACCGUUCUUAUCCAUGAGAAAGGUGACCGAGAGGACCUUCGAAACACCCGUCCGAUAUGCUUGCUGA